CACGAAUAUGACACGGGGUGGGAACCGACGGCAAACGCUGAGUCAAGGCCUAGACAGAGAGGUUUAUCAAGUUGUCCGCAAGAUCAUUGACGAGCGGUCACAGUACGGCGACUCAGACACCGGCCUUUCCUUCGCGGUCGUAUACGACGAUAUCAAGCGGUCAAACUCCAGCCUCAACCGCAAGCCCAAGAAGCUGCUUGAAGAUAGCAUUGAACGGGUCCUCGACACCAUACAACAGGAUGCAAAAGAUGAUUCGGACGAGAUCGUAACAACCGAAACACCCACAGACUCACAGCGCCUGAAGAUAUCCAGCGGCCUCAACAAAAGCAUCGUAGGUGCGUGGGCUAAGUCAGACACCCAUAGUCCCGACGGUCUCCGGUCUCCCAAACGAGCACCGGAAUCCGAGGCCUUUCCCAUGGAGAUUUCAUCUUCCAAACGUUUAACGAAUGGCGAACACCCCGCCAAACGUCGCAAAGCCCGCGAAGCCCCCCGCGAGGCCAUCGACCACUCGCCGCCUACCCACAUCAGCCUCGCGUCUCUUGGUGGCGUGGACAGUGUCAUCCAGCAAUUCGAGGACCUCCUGGUCCUACCGAUGACCCGGCCCGAGAUAUACACGUCCAGCAACGUCCAACCGCCACGAGGCGUGCUCAUUCACGGGCCCCCAGGCUGUGGCAAGACUAUGAUCGCCAACGCGUUUGCCGCCGAACUAGGUGUGAACUUCAUCUCCAUCUCUGCACCGUCCAUCGUCUCCGGCAUGUCCGGCGAAUCAGAAAAAGCACUCCGCGAACACUUUGACGAGGCGCGCCGCGCUGCACCGUGCCUGAUAUUCAUCGAUGAAAUCGACGCCAUCACGCCGAAACGAGAAUCCGCCCAGCGCGAAAUGGAAAAACGCAUCGUCGCUCAGCUACUAACCUGCAUGGACGACCUGGCACUUGAGAAGACCGAGGGCAAACCCGUCAUCGUUCUCGCAGCCACAAACCGCCCAGACGCUCUUGACCCGGCCCUCCGCCGUGGUGGCCGCUUCGACAAGGAGAUCAACAUGACAGUUCCCAGCGAGCCUGUCCGGGAACAAAUCCUACGCGCACUGACUUCCAAAACCAAUCUCUCUCAGGACAUUGACUUCGCCCUCCUUGCACAGCGCACGCCCGGCUUUGUCGGUGCAGACUUGAACGACCUAGUCUCCACGGCCGGCGCGGCCGCUAUAAAACGACACCUCAACAUGAUCAAAGCCCACGCCGAAUCGUCAACCAUGGCUGUCGACACGCCCGACGAUUCCCUCGAAACCAACAUCUCGCCAAUGUUGACCUCUCUCCGGCGCUUGAUCAAAUACACCACCUCCGCCACUCAUACCUCAACCUCCAGCGCCGCCGAGGACGAAACUAUCAUCUCCGUGACUAUGACAGACUUUCUGACUGCGCUCCCCAAAAUCCAACCCUCCGCUCUACGCGAGGGCUUCGCCACCGUUCCCAGCACAACGUUCUCCUCAAUCGGCGCCCUGUCCCGACACAUCUCGGAGCUCAACAUGACUGUAAUAUCUCCUAUCCUCACUCCGGAUCUCUAUUCCAAUCUCGGCAUCACGCCCUCGAGUGGAACUCUCCUCUGGGGUCCACCGGGAUGCGGCAAGACACUGCUCGCCAAAGCCUGCGCUAACAGCUCCCACGCGAACUUCAUCAGUGUUAAAGGACCUGAACUACUGAAUAAAUACGUCGGCGAAUCCGAGCGAGCCGUGCGCCAGGUCUUUUCUCGCGCGCGCUCGAGUGUGCCGGUGAUCAUAUUCUUCGACGAGUUGGACGCCCUAGCGCCGCGGCGUGACGGUACGAGCUCCGAAGCCAGUGCGCGUGUGACGAACACGCUGCUGGCCGAGUUGGACGGAGUUGGUUCUGAUCGUGAUGGAAUUUAUGUCAUUGCGGCGACGAAUCGGCCCGAUAUGAUUGAUCCGGCUAUGUUGAGACCCGGAAGGUUAGAAACGCUGCUUUUCGUGGGAUUGCCUGACGCAGAAGGCCGGGUGGACAUCUUGCGCACGCUGUGCAGGAAGAUCAAGAACUUCAUGUUUGACGAAGCAGUGGCCGCCAUAGCGCGAUCGUGUGAAGGGUUCAGUGGCGCUGACUUGAAAGCUUUGUUGCAGCGGGCCGGUCUCAUGGCUAUAACUCGUUGCACGUCUUUGGGAUUGCCUAUUCAGGAGGUGACAAUAGCUGCGGCGGACUUCGAACGAGCAGUGCGCGAGGUGAGGCCGAGUGUGGGAGCGGAUGACUACAGACGCUACACACUGCUUCAAAAGGAGUUCGGGGUUUCGGCUUGAUACCCUC